AUGAGGGUAUACGCAUUAUGUCAUUCAUUGGGGAUCGCAUUAUGUCAUAAGAUUAAAACAGUUCGAGUAUACCUGAGAACGAAAAAACUAUCUAUAGAUCUGGAUAGUGAUGGUGAAAUGCAGGACGGACCAUUUGACAGUAUUUCUCAGCCUCAGGUUAGUGAAUUAUGUUGCUUGAAAAACUCAUUCUUUUGCAAAGAAAGUAUGUUCUGAUUGUUUUGGUUAGAGCAUUCCCAUGCAUCAUUGUGCAACAUUAUUUUGGGAGCGAAUUUGAGGGACGAGGGAAGAGUCUGAGACUCCGGUUCAUAUCUAAUUAUGGAAUGCAUCAUUAUACUAACUGGUAGCCAAAAAAAUAAAUGUGGAGUUUUUCGUGAACCCAGUGAAGCAUUUGAUAUUGAUCAUGUACAUGUAUUUUGAAUUACUUUUGGGGAAUUAUAAAAUCAUUCUGAUUACUAGGGAAUUGAUAUUCAUGUGUAUUUUUUCUACUUUCACAAGUACAGUUUCCAAUAAAUUAGCCCUUGUCGUAUUUUAUAUGAACAUGCAACAGCUGGACUGCUAUAACUUCUGUGAAGGCACAAAUAAAAUGUUGUUAUUGUUAUUUAAGGAGGAUACAGCACAGCAACAAAGCCCACAAACGUUUUCAUUAAUUGGAUCAUCAGAAGAUCGAAAGACUUUAAAGGAGAAACAAGAUGAAGAAUAUCAGAUGUCACUGGAAAUGGAUAAAAAACCCACUGGUAAUGAACAUUAUGAAAUAUGUGACAAAGAGCCUAAAGAGCAACUUCAAGAUGCGCAUAAAGCAAGAGUGGUGCCAGAACCUUGUACCAACUUUGUUGCUGUGAAGAUUAGACAUCCGUCAUUAGGACUUCUUUCAAGGCGAUUUCCUCAUAACACCAAGAUGCAUGCUGUUUAUGAUUGGGCAGGCUCACUGUGUACAGACCCUGCAUACUUUAUUUUAACUGAUCCGUCAUCUGGAAAUAUCAUACAACCCAGCAGUCUUGUAUACGAUAAAUAUACUUUAAACAUGGUAGAAUCUUCUAACAGAACACCAUCGCUCUUAGAGUCAGAUGAUGAAGUUCAAUUUUUAGGGUUUGGGUAA